AUGGCGUCGGAGGAGAGAAGCGAGAGGACAGUAUCGUCGACGAUUGUAAAUCUGGCGGAGGAAGCUAAGGAUUUUCGCGAAGGCGUUAAAGCUCCCAGCCCCGCUUUCCUUAGCAUAUGUAAAUCUCUAGUCGCCGGUGGCGUCGCCGGUGGAGUGUCGCGGACUGCAGUUGCUCCAUUGGAACGUUUAAAAAUUUUGCUUCAGGUGCAAAAUCCUCACAGUAUAAAAUAUAGUGGAACAGUGCAGGGAUUAAAAUACAUAUGGAGAACAGAGGGUUUCACGGGAUUGUUCAAAGGAAAUGGCACUAAUUGUGCACGCAUAGUCCCAAACUCUGCCGUCAAGUUCUUUAGCUAUGAGGAGGCAUCAAAGGGAAUAUUGUGGUUAUAUCGUAAGCAAACUGGAAAUGAGGAUGCUAAACUCACUCCAGUUCUACGUCUUGGAGCUGGAGCAUGUGCUGGAAUCAUAGCCAUGUCAGCAACUUACCCAAUGGACAUGGUUCGGGGGCGGCUUACUGUUCAGACAGACAAGUCUCCGACACAGUACAGGGGAAUUUUCCAUGCUCUUAAAACUGUUUUUAUUGAGGAGGGUCCUCGUGCUCUGUACAAAGGAUGGCUUCCUUCUGUGAUAGGAGUUAUACCCUACGUAGGUCUCAAUUUUGCAGUAUAUGAAUCUUUGAAAGAUUGGUUGAUCAGAAGCAAACCAUUUAGACUAAAUGAAGACUCUGAGUUGAGUGUUACGACAAAGCUUGCAUGUGGAGCUGCUGCUGGAACUGUUGGCCAGACAGUUGCUUACCCUCUUGAUGUCAUCCGUCGAAGAAUGCAGAUGGUCGGCUGGAAACAUGCUGCAUCUGUUGUCACUGGAGACGGGAAGAGUAAAGCCCCACUUGAAUAUACGGGAAUGAUUGAUGCAUUCCGGAAAACAGUUCGAAACGAGGGAUUUGGAGCCCUGUAUAAGGGCUUAGUCCCCAAUUCAGUCAAGGUGGUCCCAUCUAUAGCAAUUGCAUUUGUGACAUACGAGGUAGUAAAAGACGCUCUUGGAGUCGAAAUGAGGAUAUCUGAUUGA